AAAUGGAAAUUACAAGCUUACAUGACAUUCUCAAUUCUCGUCCAUCGUUCAUAUAUUAAUUUUUUUCUUUGCUCUUUUACUUCAAACUUCUUCCUUUCUAAUUUCUAUGCUUCAAAGUUCAAAUCAAAUCUCUCAACCCAUCUUUUAACAUAUAUUCUCUUAAUUAAAUUUAUAUUUUUUACCCAGUAAACCUAAAAAAAAAAGAACAACACACAAAACCACCCACUUUCAAAGCCACUCAACACCACCCAUAAAAACUGCCAUUUUUCCUGAAUUGUUCGUCGGAAAACCACCUUAGUUGUCUUGUAUCGCUUUUUCCCCUAUUUACAAACUUGUUUUCAGACACCCACAAAUCUGUUUUCUCAGACAUUUUCGUUCUAUUUCAGUUGUGUCUGUUAUUAUCCGUGGCCGUAGGGUUUGCCGGGGAAGCAGGGCAGGGUUUGCCAACGGGAGCCCAGAGCAAAGAAUUACUCAAAAAAAGCCAGUGGCAUUUAUUUUAAUUGGGAACGUACACGUGUAAAGCAAUGGAAACAGAGUCGACGGUGGUGACGUGGGGCACCUGGGAGGAGCUCCUCCUUGGCGGAGCUGUUCUCAGGCAUGGGACCCAAGAUUGGACUGUCGUCGCUGCGGAGCUCCGAACCCGAACCGUUUCUCCAUGCACUUUCACACCUGAGGUCUGUAAAGCCAAAUAUGAAGACUUACAACAGCGCUAUUCUGGGUGCUCGGCUUGGUUUGAGGAGCUUAAGAAGAAAAGAGUAGCAGAGCUUAAGAGAGCUUUGGAACUAUCUGAGGAUUUAAUUGGGACCCUUGAAUCAAAGCUUGAAUCCCUCAAGGCUGGGAAGAAUGAGAAAAGAGAUGGUUUUCAUGUUGACACUGGCUCAGUUGAACCAGAAUUACAUGUUCCUUUGCUAAAAUUGGACAGAAUUGAAUCUUCUCCUAAAGAGAUGUCAAAGGAUGGGCUAUCUGCUGGGAGUUUCACACAUGAAACUCAGGCAAACUGGUCUCAUGAAUGCCAGGUUCCACCAAUGUCUUGUGAAGAUAUAGAGACCAAGCCUGAAGUUUCAGGAUUCACUGAACAUGAGAAAGUUUUGAAUGUAGAAAAGUUGGCAAACACUGUAUGUGAAGGACAGGGAGUGGGUUUGAAGAAACGGAGGGGGAAGAGAAAGAGGAAGGAUUGUGGAAGACAUACUAAUGAAAUAAGUGCAAGAGAAAGUGAUUUUUCAGCCGAUGUGUGCAAAGAAAGUUCUAUUAGUAACUGUGCUGAGGUUGUCAAAUCUUAUGGUAUAAAUGAGGAGAAUACGAACGUGAAAAAGGUUGGAAUAAAAUAUCUGAUGGAGAUUUUAGAUUCUGUUUUGGUAGUUAAAGGUGCUUCUGCCUUUUGUCGCAGGCUUGAUAGCCAGAAACGAGGAAGGUACAAGAAAAUGAUACGGCGGCAUGUAGAUUUUGACACUAUAAGAUCAAGCAUCAGCAACCAAACAAUCAAGUCAGCUAUGGAACUUUUCAGAGACUUGCUGUUACUGACCAACAAUGCUCUAGUAUUCUACUCCAAAACCACUCGUGAAUAUAAAACUGCUCUACUACUUAGAGACCUUGUCACCAAAACAUUGAGAGAGAAACUCAAGUGUUUUACCAGCAGGGUAACCCUUCCUUCUAGGAUUUUACCUGUUGAUGAUCCUUCAGUGAAAGUCAGAAGUGUACGCCCUGGUAAUCGUAAGAUUGUUGCAAAGGUGGUUGGUGGUAGCAACUCUGCUUCUGGGGUCUCACUUGUUGCCAAGAAAACAAACAAAGUGGAUUCUCCUCCUUCAGUGGAAUCCUUACCCAUCAAGAAAGCUUUUGGUAGACCAAAAAAGAUUGAACGUGAAAGUGGAGUUCAAAGAUGUGCAACUCCAAGGAAGGAAAAGAAAAGAGGAAGAGCAAAGUGAUAUGGUCUUAAAGGCCUCUUUGUACAAAUGUUUCCCUUUUUGUUUAUAUUUUAUUUGUUUGCAUUCAGAAGGGUGAACUUUCAUGCAACCAGAAGGAACUUGGACAGGGUGGAGCAGGGGAACUAGUUACUUCAAACAUAUGAUAUUAUAUAGUUCUAAAUUACAAUACACAAUCUAGACAAAAUUUCCUACUAUAGUAGGUACUAGGUACUUCUACUUGUGUCAGGAAAUCUGGUAAAUUGUAAAUGUGAAUUUUGUCUUUACCAAAAGUGAAGUAUACUACUUUAAUCGAAAGGAAGUCAUAAAUUAGC